CUGGAUAUCUGCUGGAAACCACAGCUUCAGCUCCACCACACCUUCCCCGGCAUUGUCUGAGUAAAGAUGAAGAUAACUGCAACCAAGCAGAGAAAUCUUGUGUUACACAGGACAAUCAAGAACCUCCAAAGGAUAAAGAACAAUGUGAAGGGCCGGAACCAUCACAGAAUUUAAAAGACCAUGUGGAACCAGAACUCUUUCAAAUUAAAGAGAAAAUACAAGAGAUACGACAACGUCCACAGACUGCAGAAGAUUGGGAAGUACUGGAACCAUCACAGUUUACAGAAUAUCAGGAGGAAUCAGAACCUUCUCUGGUUAAGGAAGAUCUGGAGGAACCAGAACCUCUGAAAGUCAUGGAAGUAGAGGAGGAACCAGAACCAUUUCUGUUUAAGGAAUAUCUGGAGGAACCAGAAACUUCUCUGGUUAAGGAAGAGCAGGAGGAACCAGAACCUUCUCUGGUUAAGGAAGAUCUGGAGGAACCAGAACCUUCUCUGGUUAAGGAAGAUCUGGAGGAACCAGAACCUUCUCUGGUUAAGGAAGAUCUGGAGGAACCAGAACCUCUGAAAGUCAUGGAAGUAGAGGAGGAACCAGAACCAUUUCUGUUUAAGGAAUAUCUGGAGGAACCAGAAACUUCUCUGGUUAAGGAAGAGCAGGAGGAACCAGAACCUUCUCUGGUUAAGGAAGAUCUGGAGGAACCAGAACCUUCUCUGGUUAAGGAAGAUCUGGAGGAACCAGAACCUUCUCUGGUUAAGGAAGAUCUGGAGGAACCAGAACCUCUGAAAGUCAUGGAAGUAGAGGAGGAACCAGAACCAUUUCUGUUUAAGGAAUAUCUGGAGGAACCAGAAACUUCUCUGGUUAAGGAAGAGCAGGAGGAACCAGAACUUCUAAAAGUCAUGGAAAUAGAGGAGGAACCAGAACCUUUUCUGUUUAAGGAAUAUCUGGAGGAACCAGAACCUUCUCUGGUUAAGGAAGAGCAGGAGGACCCAGAACCUCCACAGAUUAAGGAGGAGCAAGUUGAGCUGGGCAUCAGUCUGGAUGGAGAGCAGCUUGAUCUGAAGCAGGAGUCUGAUACCCUGAUGGAGGAGAACGUGUUUGUCGUGGGUGGUCCCAGAGAAGAGAAGUCCUUUUUCUGUCCAGAAUGCAAGAAAAGUUUUCGAAAUGGAUCGAACCUGAGAAUCCACCAGAGGACUCACACAGGAGAGAAGCCGUUUUCCUGCAAAGAAUGUCUCAAAUGUUUCAAUGAUAGUUCUAAUCUGAGAAGUCACAUGAGGACCCACACGGGAGAGAAGCCGUUCUCCUGUAAAGAAUGCCACAAAUGCUUUAAAGACAGUUCUAAUCUGAGAAGUCACAUGACGACCCACACGGGAGAGAGGCCGUUCUCCUGUGAAGAAUGCAGUAAAAGAUUUAGUCUUCGAUCUACUCUCAGAAUCCACAUGAGGAUCCACACGGGAGAGAAGCCCUUUUCCUGUAAAGUCUGCAACAAAAGCUUUAAUGUCAAGUCCUAUCUCAUAUCGCACAUGAGGACUCACACGGGAGAGAAGCCUUUUUCCUGUCAGGUGUGUCAAAGAAGUUUUAGUCAAAGUUCCAACCUCCGAAUCCACAUGUGGACCCACGCAGAAAAAAAGCCCUUUUCUUGUAAAGAAUGCGACAAAAGUUACAGUCAGAGAUCUCAUCUGAGAAAGCACAUGGAGAACCACAGAAGAUGACUUCUGCAGUAAAAGACUGAAGCUGCAGAUCAUAUUUAUGACAUUUUUUUUCCUCCUGUGGUGUGUUAUUGUCCGUGUUUGUAAGAUACUUUAUCUAAUCCUUGUGCUAUCUUCUGGGUCCAGAGGUUCCCUACACCGGACGCCAUUCUGGUGAGCAUAAACCAGUGAUUGUCGUAGCACGUCUUCUACCUCUUCGGCUCCCAGCCCUCUUUCCUGCCCCACUUGUCAUAUGUUUAGUCAGGAUCCCGACUUAUUUAGUGAAGACAAUGGUCGUUGUGUUAACUGUAGUCUGAUAUCAGCCCUAUUAUCCAGGCUCGAACAGCUGGAAGCGCGUCUUAGCUCAAUGGAAGCUAAACCAGCUAGCCAUGUUGUUGUCACCCGGAGCGCUAGCCGCGCUAGUAAAGCUGACUUAGCUAGCAUCCCACUGCCCUCUCAGCAGUCGGGGAAUCCCCAGGAUGAGUUUAUACAGGUUGGGAAGAAGCAAAGAGCUAAACCGAAGCACGCAGAGCACCCGGAUCUCCCUGUAUGGAACAGGUUUUCUCCGCUCAGUAACGCACCAACUGAACCAAAAACCCUGGUCAUCGGCUCCUCCGAGGUCAGACACGUAAAGCUAAAGGGAGCUACAGUUAGAUGUUACCCGGGAGCCAGAGUUGGUGACAUCGAAGGAAACCUCCGAAUGUUAGCCCAGAGUAAGGCGAGGUUCCGUCGGGUCGUAAUUCACGCUGGCGGCAACGACGCCUGACAGAGACCGUAACAGCCCCAAAUAUUUACACAUUUUUUUUGGUGUUUUAAUUUGUACUUAACAUGCGCUAUCUAGUGGUGAAAACCAGUGGAACAUACUAUAUUAAAAAGGUUUCACCCGGACUAGUUUUAACUGCGCACACACCCUGCUAGACGCUCGCUGCUGCAGACACAUGAAGUUCCCCGGGAAGAUCUGUAUAAAUCAGACAAAAAUGUUACAGAAUUAUCAAUGAAACUAUUUGUUUAUUAUGUUUUAGUAAAGGAAAGAAAGAAAUAAUCUCAAGCCAUCCAAGAUAUUAGCCCCUCGUGGAUGCUCGCCCACGAGGUUUGUGUGUUUUUAUUUUGUAUUUAAUUAAAGUUUUUGUACACGGUAAGCUGUGGAAUUGAUGUUAAUGCUUUUUUAUUGUGUUUCUUUGCUGUCAGUUCUCACGGGUUGUGAAGACACAAUAAACCCUGUUUUAAAAUCA